AUGACCGGCCGGAAUGAUGUUCACGAUCGUUAUCGUGGUCCACUGCACACGCCUAUCCAAUCUUCAGGCUCCACUGCUGUACACAAACCGCCUCUUACUAUGUCACAAAACUCUCACCGCCGUCUCAAAAUAGUCGCCGGAGCAGACCCUUUUGGUUCCGCCAUGAAGGAUGCCCUCGUCUCCCACCUCCAGUCCCUCGCCAUCGAAGUCGAAGACCUCGGCACCGAUAACUACUACUCCGUAGGAGAAAAAGUCGGCCGCAUAGUCAGCUCCGUUACAAAUUCCCCAGACACCGAAACCCGCGGUCUCGUCGCCUGCGGUACCGGCGUCGGUGUAUCAAUCUUCGCCAACAAGUUCCCCGGUGUCUACGCCGCCACCUGCCUCACUCCCGCUGACGCCGCCAACGCCCGGUCAAUCAGCAACUGCAACGUCAUCGCCUUUUCCGGCAUGUCCACGUCUCUCGACUCCGCCAUCGAAACCCUUGAUACGUUUCUCAACACCCCUUUCUUAUCCCCUUGCCCUGCUUCCAAAUCCGAACCCUGGCCUGAAAAUAUCCAAACGUUUCUCGAUACUUCACUCACAGAAAUGUCUAAAAUCGGAACUACUCCCCCGAUUUCCGUAAUCUCUUGCUCCAUCUGUAACUUAGCCGCCGGGCGUGAGUUUUCUCCGAUUGAAAUCAUGCCGGGUGGAUCUAUGAAGAUCGUUAGAGAAACACCCACGUCGGCUAUAGUUAGAUUCACAGCUGGGAGCAUUGAACCGGGUCAUCAUCAUACUCAUGGUCAUGAUUUGGUGGUGAUGAAAGGAAGAAAGAUCGUUUGGAAUUUGACUAAAAGUGAGAGGCAUGAACUGGGUGUCGGAGAUUACUUGUUUACUCCUGCCGGAGAUGUUCAUCGGGUUAAAUAUUUGGAGGAUACAGAGUUCUUUAUCCGGUGGGAUGGAAAUUGGGAUAUCGAAUUUGAUGAAGAUCUUGCUGCUGCUACUUCUCAGUUGGAGAAAGAAGCAUAA